AUGUCCGUGUUGCAAGAAGGCCGAGUCAAGAGCGUACUUUCCGGCGACACGUUGAUCCUCCAGAACCCAGCAGGUCAGGAGCGCACUCUGAGCCUCGCCUUCGUCAACGCUCCCCGCCUUCAAGCCGAUGAGCCUUGUAGCUUCCAAUCCCGCGAGUCCAUAAGGAAGCUCACCGUGGGACAAAUAGUACGAUUCGCGGUAUACUACACUAUCACUCAGAAGCCGGGAACUCCACCGCGCGAUUAUGGCAUCGUCAUGCUGCCAGGUGGGCAGAAGCUACCCGAUCAAAUCGUGGAAGAAGGCUGGGCCAAGAUCCGUGACGACGCAGAACGCAAGGCAGAGACGCCCCAGACCACGGAAUUGCUUGAGAGGCUCGCGGCGCUCGAGGCACACGCAAAGGCGGAUGAGAAGGGAAUGUGGGCAGCAAAGCCUGUAGCGGUGCAGAACAUCCGCGAGGUCCCCGAUCCAAGAGCCUUCGCCGAGGAGCACAAGGGAGUCGCCAUUGACACGAUAGUCGAGAGGGUUCUGAGCGGAGAUCGCCUGAUAUGCAGACUCAUGGUCACACCAACGCAGCAUGUGCAGACCACAGUGCUCGUUGCCGGUAUUCGAGCUCCCACCACCGCGAGGACGAAUCCUUCAGACGGCUCUACACAGCCAGCCGAACCAUUCGGAGACGAAGCGCAGAAAUUCGUCGAGGCUCGAAUCCUUCAACGUGGAGUGAAGACUAGGAUACUCGGCGUCUCUCCCAACAACCUACUUGUUGGAGAGGUACUACAUCCGCUUGAGAACAAAAACAUCGCAGUGUUCCUACUUCAGCAAGGCCUUGCAAGAUGCGUCGACCACCACUCGACAUGGCUCGGCGCAGAGAUGGGAAAGCUGCGUCAGGCUGAGCGGCUCGCCAAGGAGAAGCAACUGAAGCUAUUCGAGAACAACGCUAAGAGCAAUACGAAGAGCAGUGAACUGGAAGCUACCGUGAGUAGGGUGACCUCUGCGGAUACCCUUUUCAUCCGAAACAAGGCUGGCCAAGAGAAACGAAUCAACUUGAGCAGUGUCAGACAACCAAAGCCUUCGGAUCCCAAGCAGUCGCCAUUCGGGGCUGAGGCCAAGGAAUUCUUGCGAAAGCGAAUCAUUGGAAAGCAUGUCAAGGUCACGAUCGACGGCAAGCGACCUGCAACGGAAGGCUACGACGAGCGUGAAAUGGCCACGGUCUCCAUCAACAGCAAGAACGUCGGCUUACUGCUAGUCGAGAAUGGCUACGCGUCCGUCAUCCGCCACCGUAUGGACGACACUGACCGUAGCCCCGUCUAUGACGAGCUUCUUGCUGCGGAAGAGGCUGCUCAGCAAGAGCAGAAAGGAAUGUGGAACCCGAAGCCGCCGAAAGUGCAACAGUACGUUGACUACAGCGAGUCUCUGGAGAAGGCAAAGCGACAACUCACUAUGCUUUCUCGGCAGAAGAAGGUUCCCGCCGUUGUUGAUUUCGUCAAGUCUGGCAGCCGCUUUACUGUACUCGUGCCCCGCGAGAACGCCAGGCUGACUUUCGUCUUGGGAGGAAUUCGAGCACCGCGCAGCGCGAGAGGCACUCAAGACACCGCAGAGCCAUUCGGCCAAGAGGCGCACGACUUCGCUGUCAAGAGAUGCAUGCAGCGCGAUGUGGAGAUCGACGUCGAAGACACCGACAAGCAGGGUGGAUUUAUCGGCCAGCUAUACGUCAAUCGCGAGAGCUUUGCCAAGAUACUAGUCGAAGAGGGACUAGCAUCUGUCCAUGCCUACAGUGCCGAGAAGUCUGGCAACGCGAACGAGCUGUUCAAUGCUGAGCAGAAGGCAAAGGAGGCCCGCCGUAACCUGUGGCAGGACUGGGAUCCUUCACAAGACCAAGAAGCAGACGGUGGCGCCGAAUACGUCGACGUUCCAGUUAACGGCGCGAAUGGAGCAGCAGCAAUUCCUCCUCGCGAGCGCAACUACAAGGACGUAACUGUUUCCUAUAUCGACCCACAGACCGGUCGUCUCAAGUUGCAAAUGCUCGGAUCGAGCAAAGUCAAUCUCGAUACUCUCAUGAAGGAAUUUGCGUCUUUCCAUAUCUCGCCAGGUAACAGCCAGCCACUUCCUCAGCCACCAAAGGUUGGCGACAUCGUGUCUGCCAAGUUCUCUCAGGACGGCGUCUGGUACCGUGCACGCGUUCGACGCAACGAUCGCGAUAACAAGACCAGCGAUAUCGUAUACAUGGAUUACGGUAACACGGAGACUCAUCCUUGGAGUGCGCUCCGUCCACUCGACCAAGGAAAAUUCGGUCCUCAGCGCUUGAAGGCGCAAGCUGUCGAUGCUGCGCUGUCUUUCCUCCAAUUCCCAACCAGCCCAGAGUAUCUUGCGGACGCCGUUGAUAUGCUCAGCGAGAUUACUAUUGAGCGUGAGUGGGUCGCUAACAUCGACUACACUGACGCCAAGGAGAAUCUGCUGUGGGUGACGCUGAUGAAUCCCGAGGCCAAGGGACAGGACGACAGCGUCAAUGCUCAGGUAGCCACCGAGGGACUUGCCAUGGUGCCGAAGAAGUUGCGGCCAUUUGAGAGAGCGGCGCCGGAUGUCGUUGCCGAUUUGAAGAAACGUGAGGCUGAGGCCAAGAAAGAGAGGAGAGGUAUGUGGGAGUACGGUGACUUGACGGAGGAUUAG